CGAGCGCCCAAUCGCGUUCCGCCGUGCCAGUGAUGUCAUCGGAGGAGGAGGCCGAGCGCGCGCCCUACUCCGAUAGACUGCUCAAGAAACACAAACGCGUCAGACAGCGCGUGGACGCCGGCGAGCCGCGCAAUUCUUACUCGACCCUCGCGACGAACGGACCGCCCGCGCGCGUCGCACACAUGAGCGGCGGACUGUACGGCGCCAUCUUCGACGGCCGCCAACACUUCGGGCUUUUUGCGCCCGGAUACGCCCCAGCGGAGAUGCUCAACGAGCUGCUGGGCCGCGCGCCGCGCCCCGAGGACGCUGGCGACGACGCGCCCGCUGGUGACAUUGCGCACCGCGUGCUGCGCGACAUCCUCCAGAGUCGAAAGAAAGAGCUACUGCGCCUUUCGCCUGACAACAACAACGUACUCGCCGAUAACAACAACGAGCCCAAAGUGAAGCGCUCGCCCGAGAGGCCCGCCUCACGCGACUCGCGCCCCGACCUCGACGACGCGCUGCUUGCGCUCGAGGGCGCCGGCGAUUCGCGCACCUCACCGCCGCUUGCGCAUCCUGAGCCGCUGUUGGCGCCCAAAUCUGAGCCUGAGGACCGCGACAGUGACGUGCAACGCUCCUCGCCUCGACCCCUCGAUGUGAAACGUGCCCGUGUUGAAAAUAUAGUGUCGACGAUGCGCUCGAGCCCUGUGCCGCAGCAGCCACAAGUGAACGGCUGCAAGAAACGGAAGUUGUACCAUCCGCAGCAGCACGACGGCGCAGCAGAGCGGUACGGUGCCAGUCACGGCGGCAGCGCUCGCACGGUGUCGGACGAUUCUGAAGAUGACGGCGAGCGGCCCAUACAACAAAAGUUAGUAGAAAAAAAUGCUUUAAAAUCACAAUUAAGGACUAUGCAAGAACAAUUAGCUGAAAUGAAAGAAAAAUACUUGGAAUUGUGCAAUCGUAUGGGACACGAAUCGGAGACUGUAGAUAAUGAUGGUGCGUCUAGUGAUGUAGAGCAGACCGAAGACCCGGUGCCCAAAUCGGAGCCUCUUUCGCCCGCGAAAGAAGUGCCUCCUCCGAUUCCAACUAGUGUCGCCCCUAAUAUGCUCACUCAGGUGAUGAAUAAGAUGAUGUCUGCGAAGAUCCAUGGACACGGUGGGCCACAUCCACAUCUCCCGCCUAAUUUUAACGGUGCUCUACCUUUAAUACCUCACUUGCCUCCCAACGAUCACAUUCAUCCGCCGCAUCCUCACCAGCAUCUCAACAAUGCAGCGGCCAUGUAUGCUAUUAAUGUCGGCCAGAAGCUGUUUCUAGAACAAGAGGCUCGGAUGAAAGAAGUAGCAGAACAGCAACAGAAUAACCAGCAACAGAGGCCACAGUCGACUCAGCAUUCCCCGCAACAGAGACAAAUGGGACCGACUCCGAAACCACCUAUGUCCUCCGAGCUUGCCGAUAGACUAGAUGCCCUACGUAGUAACGCAGGCUCUGUGGGACCCGUGUCUGGUGCCGAUUUGGAGGGGCUGGCCGAAGUACUUAAAAACGAGAUCUCAGCGUCCCUUACGACUUUGAUCGAUUCCAUCGUCACGCGAUUCGUGCACCAGCGUCGGAUCAUGGGCAAGCAAUCGGAAGCGGCAGCGGCUGCGGCGGAGCAACUAAACAAAGACUUGAUGCGGGCGACACGGAUGAUCGAGCGGAAGUCGCCGACAUUGAAGCAAGAGCGAUCGUCGGGACAGAUGCCAGGUAAUACCCCUGUUCAUCACCAGGGUGCGCCCAACGGCGUGCCUUUUAUGACACACAAUCAGUUGUUGAUGAGCCAGAUGAAUGGCCCGCGAGCGCCGGGCGCGGCAUUUCCGCUGCACGGCGAGGCAAGCGGGCCUGGCCACGGUGCUCACGUCCGCCCUCCUACAGGGAUGUUCCAGACGCCGCCGAAGCUGGGUCCGCUGUACGGCCCCAUGAACGGUCACUACGAGCGUGAACCCAACCCUGAGCAGAACGAGGCUCUAAGUCUCGUCGUAGUUCCCAAGAAGAAGCGCCACAAGGUAACAGACACGCGAAUCACGCCUCGAACCGUCAGCCGGAUUCUUGGCGAGGGCGUGGGACAAUCCCCAGAAUCCCCGUCUCCGCGACCGUUCCCGGGGGGCAUGGCGCUGCCGACGUCCGUGGCGAUACCGAAUCCAUCGCUGCACGAGAGCCAAGUCUUCUCUCCCUACUCGCCGUUCUUCGGAGCGGGAGGUGGUCUGGCCCGGUCCCCACCUGCGCCCGAGAGAGAUUCGCCACCACUACCGCACCCGCCAGCGCUGCUGCACCCUGCGCUGUUGGCGCAGCACGCCUCUCCCGACUACUUGCGGCACCACCAUGCGCUCAGCCACAGCCUGCAAGGCCCACACCAUCCGCAGCAUAUGGACACGCAAGACCCGCACUCCGACUGUAACUCCACUGACCUCGCCUUCGACGGAGUGCAGCCUACUUCUUCAACACUAACGCCGAUGCACCUCCGCAAAGCAAAGCUGAUGUUCUUCUGGGUGCGGUAUCCGAGCUCUGCUGUCCUCAAGAUGUACUUCCCUGACAUCAAGUUCAACAAGAACAAUACAGCGCAGCUCGUCAAAUGGUUCUCUAACUUUCGAGAGUUCUACUACAUCCAGAUGGAGAAGUACGCACGGCAGGCGAUCAGCGAGGGCCUGAAGGCGGCCGAUGAUUUGCACGUGGCCGGUGACUCAGAGCUCUACAGGGUGCUUAAUCUCCACUACAACAGAAACAACCACAUUGAGGUGAGCAAUGUUCCCCCUAACUUUAGAUACGUGGUGGAGCAAACGUUACGGGAAUUCUUCCGCGCGAUCCAGGGCGGCAAAGACACGGAGCAGAGCUGGAAGAAGUCUAUAUACAAGGUGAUCUCUCGCCUUGAUGAUCCCGUGCCUGAGUACUUCAAGUCGCCGAACUUUCUCGAACAACUCGAGUGAAUGCCGCCUCAGCAACGGCGCAAACGCUUACGACCAACGAAUUUUUUUGGAAAUCUAAAAUAAAAGAUUGGAAUAUUAUUGUUUAGCACAACAAAAUUUUUACGACACUCGCAUUUAGGCCUUCAGAAUCAAAAUUAUCGAUAAAGAAAAAAUAAAAUAUUAAAUUUAAAUUAUAAAAAAAAGUUUGUACGUUGAGGUCGUGCGGCGCUCCACUAGGAAAUUCAUUAGGUUAUAACGAGUAAGAGAAAAUUUUAAGUCACCUAGAAUUUUAUUUCUGCACAUAAUAUAUUUCGCUAUAUAUAAUUAUUAUAUUAUUAAGUAUUAUCUUAAAAUGGUUUUUAUAGUUGUAUAUCUUAAAAUCAUUUAUUGAUUUAUUCUUUAAGGAAAACAAAAAUCGAUUAAUAUAUUAACUGCUUAAGUUUUAAAUGUUUUGUUGUUUUUAUUUGAGUUUAUCACCUAUAUAUCCUUGUCCUUUCGACCUUAUGCUUUUUUUUUACGAUUUCCUUUUAAUAUUUUAUGUUCGUUGGCACGCCUCGUGUGGCCGUAAAAUUGUCAACCUUUACCUCGUCAUAAUUAUUUUAGGAAUAAUUAACAUUAACCAUAGCCGUUAGUACAAUAGAGCAGGGUUAUUUUUCGAUCCACAAACAAAGAUUUUAAACAUUAUUUUUAUACUGAUAGCCGGUUAUAAGUUCGUGCAGGAUUUUUCAAUAGAAAUAAAAGUUUGAACAGAUAUCAAAAUUCCAAAAGCUGUAAACAUCUUUAUUUGUGAUUAUUGUAAACAUCCUUGUUUGUAUUUACAAAGUUUCGGCAGAGUUCGGCAGAAAGAUUUCAUUUUGUCCGGAGCGCGCGCGAGCCUGCUCGUUCCGGACAUAGGGUUAAGUUUAUUUGUUAGAUAAAAUACUGUAUUCCGAAGUAACGCGUGGGUAAGUUGUGCAGUUAUGGACGCUGCAGACAUUUUGACACCCGUGCUACUGCGAAGCGGUAGUCGCCGUCUUUCACAAACAAAUUAUUCCUAUUGCAUAUAUCAAUUCUUAUUUAACUAUUACAUUUAACUAUAGGAUACUUUUUACUAUAUUAAUACAGGAUACAAAUUACAAACGAAAAGUUUUUGUCGGGAAUUUUUCAUACUGGCAACAUCGGCCGGGGACUAUCGUUUCGCACGCUGACGUCACGCGGCUCCCACACACACCAACAUACACACAAGCAAACACAAUAGUUGAAGGCAAUUCAUCAAUAAACCAGAAACAGCAGUACGCACACUAAACUACAAAACAUUUGGCUACAAACUCAUGAAACACGGGGCCACCUCGUCCGAUCAGAAGUGCCUUCGAAAAAUAUGUUGAUUUUUUACGUGAAAAUUAAAAUUUACAUAGGGCCCUCAAUAGUAACGUCCGCCCCAAGCUCGCCGCGUGACGUCUGCGCACGCCCAUACCCACGCGUUACCUUUCGCCGUAUCUAACAGCCAGUUACAUUAAGGAUGAUCGAUGCUUAUCAAUCUUGACAUUUAUCGAUAUUCUAAUAUCGAUGUAACACAACACUACAUAAUCAAAUCAGAAUGACAUUCAACUUUUGAAUAAUCGUUCUACUUAUUGUACAAUAUUGCGAACAUCGAUGUUAGCAUCAUCGAUAUUCUGUCUCCAAUUAAUAUCGAUAUAUAAAAAUCGGUAAUUUUCAAACAUCGAUCAUCCUUAGUAUACAUACACUUACUAUUAUACUAUAGAAGAAUAAUUAGUUUCAUUCGUAGAUAUAUGUAGCGUGGUAGACGAGAUCUCACCAUUGGCCGGUCGUUUUUAAGUUUAAAGGUGGAAGUGUAGGUGAAAGGUGGUAGGUUGUAGGUGGAAAGUGAAGCCAAUGUCGAGAUCCCGUCGUCCAUAUCUCGGUGUAUUUGUUAUUACAUGUAGUCGCCGGCCGGCCUCUCAGCAACGCGGCAACAAACCUUAAGUUUACAUCCUCAGUUUGACAGAACGAGUUAAUCAAUAUUUUUCGCUUGUCACGAUAGACUUAUAAUAUAGGAUAGUGUACAGAGAUGUAUAAUCAUGUGUAAAUAUAAUAUCACAUAAUUUUAUUACAGAAGAUUAACAAUGUAAACUAUCUUAGCGCUAACGGUAUUCAAUUAAGGCACAAUAAUUAAAUAAAACGGGUUUUUCGACGAUGUGUUGCGUUGUCAUAAAGUUAUACCAUCCUAAGUUUAUGUGAUCCCCGCGCUUUGCGGCCGGCCAGCUCUAGCUAAGCGAGUGUAAGCAUUUUUCAUUUGGUAAUUACACUUUGUUAUCGUUUAAUUUGUAACCAUUUGAACUAUUACGGUAAUAUAAGAGUACCUCAGUUUAGGAUGGACCAGGCGUCGACUGGUGUGCUUAGAAUUGCGUUCAGGUUAGUCGUGAUACAUGGAAGCCCUCGAGACAUCGACACAUAGGAUAAUACCGCAGCCUCUAUACCUUUUUAUCGAUACCGGUUUUAUGUUCCAAAUUCCCCUAUUCCGGACACUAAGGUGUCACCACACAGCCACCCCCCACGCGACAAUAGCCCGGGUUCAGUUUCCUCGGAUUGCGUCUCGACGGCACUUAAGCGCAGUCGCCGCAGGGCUUGUUCGUGAACGAGCAUAGUUUUGUCACGUUACGUUAGCGAUUGUUUUGUUACCCGUGUUAAGUUGAGUUCAUACCGCGGAUGUGUUUCGAAGUAGGGAACAAAACCUUCCUGUACCUCACUAACUAUUUCCAAAUGUUAAUGGAAUUGAGUAUACAAUGAUAAACCAAAGAUUAGAUGUAGAUUAGACUCAUUGCUCUCCCGCCUCCGAAACACCACCGCUUGUAUACUUGUAUAGUAAGUAAUGAAUCCGUUAUUCCGAUCUCUCCAUAGAUUUUUUCAUCAAUUAUCUAAAUAUUAAUAUUAAAGCAGGCUACAAAACACAUAUUACAAUAGAAAAGUAUUGAUUUCCCAUCAACAGAAUUCAACCGACAUGCCGUUAUUUGCAGAUACUCGGAGCCGUUCGAUUUGGUUUCAUAUUUCUUUUUAAACAAAGACAAGGUUAUUGACAUUCGUUUAUUUUAAAUUGCAAUAAAUACUUUUUAUGUAUUUUUGACCGGAUUUUUAUUCUUGAGUGAUUCAAUGUGCAGCCGCCAAAGACCACAAUGGAUAUGACAAUGAACAGCCGACUUAUAAUAAUUUCGAUCGUCCGUUUAUAAGUUAUCGGUUGGCAAUUUUUUCUAAAUUAAUAUAAAAGACUCAAGUCAAAAACAUCGAAAUAUUUAGUCCACAGCGAACAGUGGACUAAGCCACUGUAAAAGUACAAAAUUCGGUGUUGGCUAUAAGAAGGUCGCGUUUGUAACUAUAUAUGUAUCGUAAAAUGUAGAUAUAUAAAGAUGUCCUUUCGGCGAAGUGAUAUUUUAUCGUUUGGCAUUAUGUAAGUAGGCGAUAGUUUAUUUCUGUUCCAUGAGAUUCGCUGACGUUUCCUUUUUAUUAGUAUUUUUCGAAUCCGUCUAUGAAACGUUUGAAUCGUCGAUUUACUA